UAUCUGCGCAGGAUGAUGACGUACGCAGCGUUCUCGGAAGUGACAGUUGGUUGCCCUGACAACGGCCUGCCCUUCAGAAAGAUGGCUGCUCAGGAAGGAGCAUUGGCAGGGAUGUCUCAUGGCAGACGGGUGCAGGUAACACCGGCCGUUUUAUUCCAUUCGUCCUUACCGCCCGCCGGAGACCUGGAGGCUUACAGUCAGCAGAGUGAGGUCAGGGACUUCCACCGACACAAGGGGAAGAUGUACAGCUUGGAGCCCGCAGAUACCGAGAGCUUCCGAACCGAACUCAACCUUCUGCUGGAUCUACUCAUCUCCCAGGACUACAGCAAGGGAUCCCCGGGCAUCGGAGAGGAGGAGGUUUGUGCCUUACUAGUUCAAGCUUGUCAUCUUGUCCAGCUCAACCAAGAACAUCUUGUCAGCAAAGUUUGCCAACUUAUACACUAUCUGCUUAACAGACUGCAGGUAAUUGUUGAUGAGCAGAAUUUGGAUUUUCUCCUUGGAUUCUCAGUUUCUGCUUUGAAACAAUGUAGCUCCUGGACCCAUGUGGAAAUAUUGCACGCCUUGGCAGCUUUAGUUUACAGCAAUGGACAUAAAUGCCAGAAGUAUCUUCCAUAUUUGUUGGGCCCAAAUGGAAUACUUGUACAAUUUAGUGAUACCAGCAAAACGGACCCAGAGUUACUGAGGGCUGCAGUUCACUGCAUGGCCAAUCUAUGCCUCUGCGUUCCUGCACAGCCUUACCUGGAGGAACCAUACAGAAUGACGUGUUUUAAAAUAUUUCUUGCCGUCCUCCAGAGCCCAAAACUUAACAUUGUUGAUGAGAUAGCAAAUUGCACAUUAUUACAGAAUUCUUUGAAAGGCAUACAGUCUAUAUUAAAUGGUAGCAAAAUGUCACUGAAGGAAACUGAACAACUUGGAUCAUUGCUUGCUGUGCUUAAGAAAUAUAUGCUGCAUGGACUUCCUGGAUUCAAUAUAGCAAUGCCUUCAAUUAUUUAUCCCACUCCCUUGCCUCAGUAUGAUGGCAUUUCACCUUUGAAACCUGAGCAAAGUGAGAGAACCCCAUGUCGACCAGCUUGGAACAAGAAGAAGAAAUCCAGGGCUAAACAAAGAAAAGGCCAACAGGAGAGUGAGAAGAAGGAUGGAACAGAAAGCGAUUCCGGAGAUGGACUCACUGCUGCUGUUGACAGAUUGAAACUAAAUGCAGCAGAUGCAACCUACAAUCACUACUUACCUCCUCAGAAAUCGCCAAUCAAAAUUACUGGAAAGGAUCCACCAUACUCACCGUCUUUAAGAUUUAAAAAACUGAACAGCAGCGAUUCUGAUUUUUCAGAUGCAGAAGGUGGCUUACAAAGCAAAAUAAGGUCUUUCCAAGCUAAAGUUCGUCAAGGGGCAAUAUCCUGCUUUCUAUCUACAAUAAAGUCCAUUGAAAAGAAAGUUCUUUAUGGCUAUUGGUCAGCCUUUGUUCCAGAUAUUCCUGGUUUAGGAAGUCCACAAUCUGUGUCUCUCAUGACAGUUAUACUUAAAGACUAUUCUCCAAAGACUCGUGCUUGUGCACUCCAAGUCCUUUCUGCCAUAUUGGAUGGAUCAAAGCAGUUUCUUUCUGUUGCUGAUGAUGCAAGUGAAUAUAAACAAUCCUUUACUCCAUUUUCAGUCACCAUUGCCUCAAGUAUAAGGGAACUGCACAGAUGUUUGCUGCUAGCCAUGGUUGCUGAGUCUUCCGCACAAACACUCACUCAAAUAAUUAAGUGCCUUGCAAAUUUGGUAUCAAAUGCCCCUUACCAUCGACUAAAACCAGGUCUACUCACUAGAGUUUGGAACUAUAUUAAACCCUACAUCCGCAAUAAAGAUGUGAAUGUUCGAGUAUCGGGCCUUACAUUGUUGGGUGCUAUUGUGUCUGCUCAAGUACCGCUACCCGAGGUGCAGUUACUACUGCAGCAACCAGUUAUUUCAUUGCUAUCAAACUGUGGCCCUAGCAGCAUUACACGGCUCAGUGAUCCUGACUGGUGGAGAAAAGAGACCUUUCCAGAAUUAGAAGUAAGCUGUGAAACCAACCCUCAGCAUCCGCUGUCUGAGCCAUGCUGGCUAGUACGUCUGUGCAUAUCACUGGUGAUUAAUCCAAGGGAAGACUCCUAUUCUGACAGUGAUGUCAGCUCUGCCACUGCUGUCCAGUAUGAACCCUCUCCUGUCCGCUUGGAAGCUCUGCAGGUGUUGGCUCGUCUGGUGAAAGGAUAUUUCAAUAUGGCACAUAGCUAUCUCAUGGAGUUGGGAGAGGUUGCUUGCAAAUGUAUGCAGGAGAUGGAUACAUCAAUUCAGCUGCAUGGCUCAAAGCUUUUAGAGGAGCUGGGAACUGGGAUAGUCCAGCAGCAGAAAACGGAUUUGUUAAUCCCUGCUGAAAAGAAAGUGACUGUUAAUCAGGCUGUAGCAUUUUGGAACAUGAUUCUGAAUGGUCCUUUACCAGCAGCCUUGCAGAAUGAGCUACAUCCUACCCUUCAAACAACUGCUUGUGAUGCCUUGUCAUCUGUCUUACCAGAGGCAUUUACCAGGUUACCAGAUGACUGUCAGAUACUUUGUAUAACACUGUUGCUUGGCCUGAACCAUAGUGAGAAUCCACUAGUGAAGGCAGCAGCUGCACGAGCUCUCGGUGUGUAUAUCCUGUUCCCUUCUCUCCGGCAGGAUGUUAUGUUUGUAGCUGACUCCGCCAAUGCUAUUCUGAUGUCCCUUAAUGACAAGUCUCCAAAUGUUCGGGCAAAGGCAGCCUGGUCUUUGGGUAACCUUACAGACACAUUAAUUGUUAACAUGGAAAUGAUUGGACAAAGUUUUCAAGAAGAAUUUUCUGAUAUGCUGCUUCUUGAAAUGUUGAAGUCAGCAACCGAAGCUUCAAAAGACAAAGAUAAGGUUAAAAGUAAUGCCGUACGUGCUUUAGGAAAUCUGCUGCAUUUUUUGCAGCCAUAUCACAUUCUGAAGCCCAGGUUUGCUGAAAGUAUUGAGAGUGCAAUCCGAGCCCUUAUCUCUACAGUUCUUGGGGAGAGCACAAUGAAAGUGAAGUGGAAUGCUUGCUAUGCCUUGGGAAAUGUCUUCAAAAACACAGCUCUUCCACUUGGUAAAGCUGUGUGGACUGCAGAUGCCUAUCAUGCACUCACUACUGCUGUGAAAUCGUGCAAGAAUUUUAAAGUGCGGAUUAAAUCUGCAACAGCUCUCUCAACACCUUCCAGAAGAGAACAAUAUGGAACUAUUGAACAAUAUAGUGAAAUUUGGAACUCUUUAGUGACAGCCCUGGAGAAAAGUGAAGAGACAGAAGAUUUUCUGGAAUUCAAAUACUGUGCUAGCCUUCGUGCACAAAUAUGCCACGCUUUGAUACACAUGCUGUGCAUGGCAAGCUUAGGAGAUCUGCCAUGCAUUAGAAAGACUGUACAGCAGAAAGGGAGUGUGAUCAGGCAUUACCUAUUACAGUAUGUAAAAUUAGGAGUAGCUGAGAACGCAACAAACACUGACAGGGAAAAUGUAUUUCAGAGAGCAACAGAUCAUAUACGCAGUAUACAAGAGGACCCAUUGGGUAGAAAGGUGUUUGCUGAGGUUGCUUUCCUUGAGGACAUAUUACUAAGUUGUGAAAAAGAAAUGGAGGCUUGAAUUGAAUUUGCGAUUUUGCCCAUUAAGGACAAAGCAAUAGGUUCACAAUAAUAUAGCCACCCCCUUCCCCCACACGCACAUAUACUUGCCUUUCUUUCUCUCCUAGACCUCUCUGUUCAGCUGGAGAGCGAAGGAAAUCCAUAUGAAGGAGAGGAGUCAAAGGUCAAAUAUUGAUUCUCUAUUUGACAGUGUCCAUUAGCCAAGCACCAUUAUAUGAAGUGAGUCACAUCCUCCAUAUCCAGUAUUUCCUUCAUCUCCCCGUACUGCAACAAAAGAAUGGGGGGG